GUAAGGGAGAAGGUUAUUAAGCUUUUACAUCUACUUGUGUUCUGAUAAGAAUUGUAAAAGCUUCAUGUUAUAAAUCAAAUAAAUUUAACUUAAUUAUUCAAAUAAACAGUGGUGAAGUGAAUUUAAUAAUUAUACGAAUGAAUAAAAUGUCAGGGACUUAUUAUUUUGUUAUAGUAGGGCAUAAAGACAACCCUAUAUUUGAACUGGAGUUUCUCCCAGCUACAAAGGACACAAAGAAAGAAGGGACGAGGCAUUUGAAUCAAUUCAUAGCCCACGCAUCUCUGGACUUGGUCGACGAGUACCUCUGGAAGUCCAACAACCUCUACCUGAAGACGGUUGACAAGUUCAACGAGUGGCAUGUUUCCGCUUUUGUAACGGCAAGCCGGAUGCGGUUCAUCAUGGUGCACGACAACAACAAAAACGAAGACGGAAUAAAGAAUUUCUUCAAUGAGAUAUAUGAGCUCUUCAUCAAGUACUCGCUGAAUCCGUUUUACAAGAUGAACACCCCGAUCAAGAGUGCCAACUUUGAAAAGAAAGCAUACAGCUACGGGAAGAAGUACCUGACAUAGACAAUCAAAAACAACUAUAAAAACUGUAUAUAAUUAUUUAUCAUGUGCAAUAAUUAUUUUAAAAGAUAAAAUCAAUGUUUAUUAAAUUUAUAAUUACAA